CAGCGCUCUGCCGUAAAGUUUGCGCGCUCGUGUUGGGGCGAAGCCAUUCCACACCGCUGUCGGAGCUGGCGGGCCUGGCGCCAGAGGGCGCGAGUCUAGCCGCCAUAGUAUCAUCGGAUCCGUGCUUCGUGGCGGACGCGGACGGCAUUCGCGCGAAUUCGUCGGCAAUCCUGCAAUUCGGCCGCUCAAGCACGUAUGCCUUAAUCGACGAGGCAUACCCAGUGUCUGACGGUGUGUCGUAUCUCAAGAACGCUCUCGCUAAGUUUGCUGUCUCUGAGGCGGAGGCCUUGGGCAGUGAUGCUCCUCCAAGCUCACUUUUCGUUUUAAGCGUCGGCUCAGCAGACACCUGGCUUGACGCCUCGUGGACCAGCGACCACCCCUGGCGGGGCAGCUCCAACCCCGCGUACGAGGGCGCCCAUGCGCUGCUGGCAGGCGACAGCCUGUGGUCGGUCACUCCGGGGGUGUCGGUCAAGUUCAACCUGGGGGCGCUGCUGACCCGCGCCAGCAUGGUGCAGCCGCCGCAGCCGCAGCACAGGGGCGCAGUGGCGGACGGCGGUGACCCGCAGUCUGCAGCGGCUCCAGGCACCCAGUCGUGGGGUGAUGCUGCGGCCGCAGGGGGUGGCGCGCACGAGACUGCGGCUCGCAGUGCGGAGGCGGUGGGGCUGCGUGCGGGCCCGGGUUUGGGCAUGGACUUGGGGCUGGGCCUGGGUCUGGGCAUGCGUUGGCCGUACGACAGCGGCGGCGCCGGUGCAGGCGGCGGCAGCGGGGACCCACUGGAUGACUCCAUGGGUGAGAUGGCGGCGCAUGUGGCAGCCGUGGCGCUGGACGAUGAGGCCGCGGCGCCGCAGCACACCGGCCAGUCUGCGGUGCACCGGCCCGGGUCGGCGGCCGCGACCGAGGAGCGGCAGCUGGGCGGCGGCUUGUUCGGUGGCGUUGGCCGGGGGUGGGAGCUGUUCCCCUCGGGCGGUGGUGGCCAUGGGACCCAACAGGGUGGCCAAGCCGGAGCAGUCGGCAGCGCGGGCCUUGGCACACCGCAAGCUGGCGAUGAGGCCAAGGGUGGUGUGGGUGAGGCCGGCCUGAGUGGCGGCGGUAACAUGUCGUUGUUGGACGAGCUGUACACCACUUUUGCCAGCAGCGGCGUGGGCAGCGCGGGACACGGCCAGCCGGCCGGGGCAGCGCUCGGCUCCCGCGGCGGUGCUCUGGAUGGCGGACAAUGGAACGGCGGCGGCUGGGACCGGCCGCAGCACCAGCAGCACCAGCAGUCAGGCGAGGGCGUAAUGGGUGGCGUGGCCCUGGACCCCUACGACCCCCGCCUGCCGGCCUCGCUGCUGCUGGGCCUGCACAUGAACCGCGGCGGCGAAGGCAACCGGGAUGCGGGGCAGGGCCGGAUGCAGGGCGUGGGCAUGGGCGCAGGCGGCCCGCAGGCCAUGCCCAACCUGGGGAUUCCGCCGCUCGGCCAGCAGGCAGGCCACCUGACGGGCCUGUCCAGUCAGCAGCAGCAACAACUGCAGCAGCACUACCAACAGCAGCUACAGCUACAGCAGCAGCAGCAGCAGUGGCGCGACCCGGCCAUCCUGGCGGCGGUGUCAUCCAACAAGCCACCGACCGGCCGGGGCAUGGGCGGCGAGAUGCGCGGGGUGGUGCCCUUCCAGCCGCCCCUGCCGCCGCCCGUGUCGCUGACGCGCGGUGCACUGGCUCUUGCCAGCGCCGGGCCGCCCGCGGCGCUGCCCGCCGCCAAUCUGCAUGGCUUCGACGUCGCGGCGGCUGCUGCAGCAGCUGCGGGCCGGGGCCUUGUGGGCGCCCAGCCCUCUGCGGCGGGCAUGGUGCCAGUCAGUGGCAUGCAGCAACAGCAGCAGCAGCAGGCCCAGCAGCUGGGCUCUGCAGCCGCCUCCCUCCUGGACGCCAACGGGUCGCUCUCUGCGGCCGCCGUGUCGACUGCCGUCCACCGCGUGUGGUCUCAGGACAAUCCCCAGAACGUCGUGUGCCGCAUCGCCGCCAUGCUGCUGGCGCUGGCUGAGCCGGACGCCAACACGCCGGCGGGCGAGUCGCCGCACCGCAUGCCGCUGGACCUGCUGAUGCUGGCGGUGCGGCGGCAGGACCCCGUGGCCUGCAACAGAGCGGGCAACCUGCUGGCGGCUCUGGAGCAGGACCCGGCUGACUGUAUCCGGCUGGUGGAGGGCGGCGAGGCGCGUGAGGGGCUGGGCAGCGAGCCGGGCGAGGAGGCCGAGAUGGCGAUGCUCAACCUGGAGCGACUGGCGGCGCUGUCGGGCAUGAGCACCCAGCAGCCGCAACAGGAGCAGCAGUCGCGGUUGCAAGAGGCCCAGAUGCAGCAGCAGCAGCUGCAGCAGCGCCUGCUGCGGCAGCCCUCACUGGGUGCCGCCAGCACCGCCUCAAGCUCGGCGACGGCUCAGCAGGCGGCGGCUCAGCAGCAGCAGCAGCAGCACCAACAGCAGCAACAGCAGCAGCAGCUGGCGGCUUCCAGUUUGUGGCUGCACCAGACAACCUCAACUGCGUCCGCCGCCGCCGCUGCAGUGGCGAGUUCUGACCCGUCGCGUUGGCCCCAGCAGCAGCCGCGCCCGGGGCAGCUAGGUACGGGUGGAGGCAGCUUCUCCUUGUCUUCGCCCACCAUGCAGCAGCAACAACAGCAGCAGAACGUGCUGUCUGCCGGUCAAUUGCAGCCCGGUAUGACACAUGCUUCCGCCAUGGCGACAGGCCAGCAGGGCAACAACCCGCAGCAGGCCCUCCUGAUACAACUGCUGCAGCAGCAACAGCAGCAACAGCAGCAACAGCAGCAACAGCAGCAGCAACAGCAGCAGCAACAGCAGCAACAACAACACCAGCAACAGCAGCAGGCCCAAGCUCAGGCGCAGGCACAUGCGCAGCAGCAGGCGCUACAGCAGCAGCUGCAGCUGGUGCAGGCGCAGGCGCAGGCCGCCGCCCUGGCGUCGCCGCUGUCUGGGGUGCCCACCCUGGGCACUGCGCCGACGACCAGCGCCGCCGACCGCGCCGUGCUGCUGCAGCUGCUGCAGGCCCAGCACAACGCGCAGCUGCAACAACAGCAACAGCAGCAGGCCCAGCUGCAGCAGCUGCAGCAGGCGCGGGAGCUGCAGCUGAUGCUGCAGCGCCAGACGGCGGCGGCGGCGCAGCAGCAGCACCUCAUGCAGAAGCAGCAGCUGCAGCAGCUGAUGCUAAUGCGCCAACAGCAGCAACAGCAACAGGCGGCGCAGCUGGCUCAGGCGCAGGCUCAGGCGCAGGCUGCGGCCAUGCCCCGCAUGCCCGUCAUGUCGAUGCCCGUGCCGCCGCCCUCGCAGACUGCGGCGCUGGCCUCCCUGCUGCAGCAGUACAGCAACUACAGCGCCGGCCAGGCAGCAGCAGCUGCCGCGGCGCGCCUUGCCGCCGCGAACAACCCGGCCACCACCGGGGGCACAGGGGUCAACCCGCUCCUUGCGGCUGCGCUGGCGGCCCCUGCGGGUGUCACGGCGGUCGCACCCGGCGCAGGCGCCCCCGCCGGCGCCCAGGCCAGUGCCCAUGGUGCCGGCGGCUCCACGGCUCUGUCCCUGGCCGCCCUGUCCACUGUGGGCGGCCUGCCCACCAGUGCCGGCCCCGUGGCUCAGUCCACCAGUCAUGCCAAUGUGGCCGCCUGGCUGGCCACCAACCACAGCACAACGGGCACCACCGCGCAGCUGGGCGCAGGCGUGGGUGCGGCGGCCGGUGGCGGUGGCGGUGGCGGCGAGGCUGCGGACGCGGCGGCGCUGGAGCAGCAGCAGCUGCUGGCGGCUGCGGCGGCCCUGCGCGAGGCCGACCCGCAGUCGGGGGCGCUGCAGCAGCAGCUGCUGGAGCUGCUCACCAAGCGCCUGCAGCAGAUUGAGGACAAGAAGCCCAAGCCACCGACUGGCGAGGAGGUCAGCGCCAUGGCGGUGCCGGCCGAGGCGCCUCAGCCGCCUGCAAACGGCGGAGACAGUGAUACUCUGGCAACACAGGACCUGGAUGCCGAGGCCAGGCGGGCUGAGGCUGAGCUGGCCGCGCCCGCGGCCGAGGGCUCCGCAAGCGCCCUCAUCAGCCGCCUGGUGACCGGCGGUGCCACAGCGGCGGCCCCAACCACCACCGCAGCCGACACCGGCGCGGCGGCGACUGAGGCGGCAGCGGUCGAGGAGGGCGAGGGCGAUACCGCUGCAAUCACCUCCCCGACUGCCAACGGCGACGUGGCCGACAGCGCCGCCUCGGGCUCUGCGGGCAUGUCGCUGCCGCUCCAGCUGCUGGCGGCCUCGGCGGCGGCUCGAGGCAGCAGGUUGGGCGCGGGCACGCCUCCGCCCGGCGGCUCGGGCGCCACUUCCACCACCGCCUCCGCCUCGGCCGCUGUGGUGUCGCCGGAGCACCUGCUUCGCGCCUUCCCCGGCCUGGACACGCGCGCCCAGGCUCUGCGAACCAUUGCGCAGGUGCUGCUGCAUAGCCGCCACCCGCAGCUGGGCGCCGCCGCCACCGACCCCGGCCUGCUGCUGCUGGUGCUGCGGCAGAAGGGCAUCCUGGCGCCCGCCGCCGACUCCUCGCUGCUGGCGGCGCUCAACGGGCUGCUGCUCACGGAGCCGCGCUUCUUCCGCCUGGUGCCGUUGGCGGGAGGUGGAGGAGCCGCGGACGGGGCGGCAGCUGGUGCUGGUGCCGGUGCGGUGGUGGCGGUGCAGCUGCGUGUGGACCAGCUGCUGGAGCUGGUGCCGCCCGAGGGCGCGGCGACCGAGGGCGGUGCCGCGGACAUCGCGGGCGCCCAGAGCAGCGGCGGCAAUGCGCAGUUGGCUGGCGGUGCGGCGGAGGCGGUUAUGGCGGCUCAGGUGGCGGAAGCGGCGGCUGCUGGCGCGGCGGCAGUGGCCAAGAUGAUGUACCUGGAGGCGGCCCGCAACAGCGGCUCAGGACUGGCCAAGCCGCCCGGCGCCCAGGCAGGGCAGCCGGACCGGCCGCAGGCGGGCACGGCCGGCAAGGGCGGCGCCGUGGAGGGCGAGCCCAGCAGCGGCAGCGCCGAGGCCGAGGGCGAGGAGGAGGCCAGUGACGAGGCGCAGCUGGCCACACUGAUGCGCCUGCUGGACACAGGCGCCCGGUUGGAGCGGCCGCUGCCAGAGAGCGCCGCGCAGCUGGCAGAGCUCAGCCCGCUGCUGGCAGCGGCGGCGGCAGCAGCCAAGCAGGCGGCGGCGGCUGGCAAUGUGCCCGGCGAGGUGGAGGCGAGCGCGGAGGCAGCGGCUGCUGCUGUUCCUGACGCUGCUCCCACCGCUGCCGAGGACACCGGGGCGUCGGCUGCACCCGUGGAGGAGGUUUGGCCACCCGUGCCGGAGCCUGAGGCGCCCGCGCCUACAGCUGCAGCCGCCCCUGCUACAGCUGCUGCCACGGACGGGCCCGCGCCGUCCGCCUCCUCCUCCGCUGCCGCCGCAUCGGCAGCCGCUGCCGCGGCCGCCGGCUCCUCGCCAACCGCGGCGCACCUGCAGCCGGCGGUGGUCCGCUACAUCAGCGGGCUGGAUGUGGCGGCGGGCGCGGCCGACGAGGUGGCGGCGCUGGCGGCCAUGCGGCAGCACUGCGCCGCCGCCGGCCGUGUGGUGGUGGACUGCGCCGUGGCGGACCUGGAGAUGGAGCCAGCCAUACCCAUUGCCUCAGCCACUUCCACCGCCACGGCAGCGCCCUGCCCCGUGCCCACCCUGGCCGCCAUCGCCGGAGCGGCCGCCGCCCACACCGCCGCACAGGCUGCGGCCCCGGACCCGGACCCGGCUACAGCUGAGGGUGAGGCCGGGGCGGAGGGUGCCGGUGGAGGCGCGGUGGGGUCAGUGGGCUCCACAGCUGCCGCUACCGAGGCCAACGUCGCAGACGCAGGUGUCGAGGCCGCAGCGGCUGUGCCCGAUGGCGCUGAGGUUGCUGAGGCGGCAGGUGGUGAUGGUGCCAUGGCCCGUGAGGACAGCGGCAUGCCCAGCACGGAGGAGGAGCCGGCGCAGGCCAACCAGGGCCAGGCGCAGCACCCCGAGGCUCCGUCCGGACCGGCCGCAUCGGUGCUGCCAGGUGCUGCCGGGGCCGGCGGGCGGGACGUGCCUGUGCUGCUGGCGGUGCUGGCGCCGGCGGCCCAGUGCUGGCCCACUACUCUGUAUGUGCUGGGUGUGGCGGGCUUGGCGCCGGGCAGUGCGGUGCUGGCGGCGGCGGCGGAGUUGCUGGAGGCGGCGGCGGCGGUCAAGGUCAUGUGGAGCGCGCGACAGGUGCUGCCCGCCCUGGCGCCCCUGCUGCUGCCCGGCGCCCGUGCGGCUCCCGUCCAGGACCUGCAGCUGCUGGUGGAACUGGCCACCCGAGGCACGGCCGCCACUGCUGCCACUGCUACUGCCGCCCCUGGUCCCAAUGCUACAGCCCCGUCUGGUGGCGAUGCACCUGCUAUGGUUGCUGUCUCCAAGCGGCCCUGGACCGGCAUGGUGCCUCUGCAGGAGCGGCUGGCGCAGCUGGGGGUGGCGGGCCGCGACCUCGCGUCACUGGCGUCACUGGGCGCAGACGCAUGGGUUGUGCACCCUCUGUCGUGUGUGGUGGAGGCCGCGGCUGCUCGGCAGCUGUGCGCGGUGCUGGAGGUGCGGCGGGCUCUGAGCCAGGAGGAGGGCCUGAUGGACGCCCUGCUGGCGGCCGUGUGCGAGAUGCAGCUGCAGCAGUAGCAAUCAUGGUUAGUUACAGCCGGAACAGCUGGCACACAGGCGCAGGCAGUGGCGAGGCGCCGUUGAGGGAGCCAGCGGCUCACAGCCUCACCGAGUACGUCGGCAUCGAGGUGCGCCGAUGCCCUGUAGGGCUGGGUGGUGCUAGCAUGGGUUGGACCGGCGGAUGGAGCGGACAGAGUGCUGCGUUCGAGGUAGGGGGAGGCCAUUCAUGCACAUACACAUACAAGCGUGGGGCUUAUCAUUGCUGAGUGGGUCGAGCCCACGUACGUGGGCGCCUUAUACAUGCCACUACUAUUACGAAUGCGAUAGAUGUGGUGGAUGGGAGCACUAAAUGGCAGCGUGUCAUUGCUGCGAGUUGAGGUCGCUUUGCCAGAGCAUUUGUGCUUCACGCACACCCAGCUGCUUAGUAAGUGCUGAUCAGAGUGUUUUGAUUAGGGCACACAGGUGCUAUAGCACAGCAGACGCCGCGCGGUGGGCUGAAGCUCAACGCCGAAGGGCGGCCGCGGACGUUUGAACAUUCCCCGCGCAUAGCAGAGAGAGACACGGGGGCAUUGGGCGGCUAUGCGGUAAUUAGUCAUGACAGUGUGCAGCUCGAGUGCACGAUGCAGCAACUGCAUGCGGGCCCCCACAGCGGUAAUGCUAUCCUUGUUCCGUGGUAGCCAGGUUAUUGGAGGGGAGUGGCUGGCGCCGAAGUGGGCUGUGCACGCUGGGUGCGCUUGCAUGGCGAGUGGUGCCAGAGGUGCAGCCGGAACGUUUGCAACGGUGUUGCCAGUUCCGCAAUACGCCAAUACUGGACUGGAGCACGAGGAGUCAAAGUGUGUAAGAAGCCACGAACCCGCACUGACAGCAACCGUGCUGCAGUUCGCUGGGACAACGGCUGCAGACAUAGCCCUGGAGUGCGGGGAAACGCGGGGCCGUGAAGAGAAGCGCCAGGAAGGAAGGAGAAAAGUGCCCGUAUCUGCCAUCUACGCCGUAACAGUUUGCCUCCAAAGGCGGAGGAAAAUGUUGAGUCGUGCGGCCGCGCUUCUACGGAGCGCACCGCCGCACCGUCACUCUGUAAACGCUUUGGCGC